UCACCCUCUUACAUAUACCAGACUACCCUAUCUAGUUAAUGCUAGUGCAUUCAUGAAGGAAAAAGAUAGUUAUAGAAACUAAAGGGCGUAAGAAUCACAUGAUCUCGAUGACGCAACAGUAUUGACACCAGUGUCCUGCCACCCAUUUGUCUGCACGUUGUUACAAAACCGCAUAUAUAUACCGGAUUUCAUUUCGUCGAUUUAGUGCUGUAGCAGCAACAUUUUCCAGGAUAAGCUUGUCCAAAAUGGAAAACCUUACGAUGAAAUUCUUGCUGAUAACUCUUAUUCUUCUGCGUAUGGUCCUGAAUAUAAGAGCAAUCCCAGCAGACUACCCACCAGUUUCUAAAGCUGACAUAGGUUAUCUUGAAAAUGUCAUCUCCUCAUUGGUAGCGGCUACUGAUAUAUCUUGCGUCCAAAGAACAGUUUGUAAAAUAGCACUGGUUUCGUCCGCAUACGGUUUGUUUGGAGAAGAACUGCAAAAAGUAUUAAGGGUCAAUUCAGAAGACGUCCAAAGUGAAAUUGUUGGAAAAUACGAAAAAGCCUUCAACGACGGCUUGUCUCUUUUACCUAGAGCAGAAGCAAUCGAAUCGCUUUUGAAAAAGUGUGAAUUUUUUUAUCCUGAUUGUAGCGCCACAGAAGAAGAAAUAAAGCAGCUAAUUUUGGAAUAAUUUUUAUUAGAGUUAGACUUUAGACGAAAUUAAUACUAAUUUCUCUUAUAGUAACAAUUACAUAAUUUUUGCAUAUUUUUUUUUAAAAUCCAAUACACUAUGUUCCUUAAGAAAUUAUAUUUUAACGAUGUCCUGGGAGUAACGAUACUUUUAAUUGGUGUUACUGUAUUUCAUGUUAAUCCACAUUAGCUGUUUUAAUAAUUCUUUCUAAGCACCCAUUAAAAUACUUAUGAACAAACUUA